UUCCAGAUUCCAUGUCAGUCAGCUCGGCACCGGCAGCAGCGACGCAACAGUAUAUAAUAGCACAAGGCGAAAAACCGUGUGUGUGCGCUCGCCCCGCUGCAGUUUUCGUUGUAUAUAGCAUGUAAAACCCGUUCGCGCGAGAGAGCAGCAGCAGCAGCAGCCCAAGUCGUCGUCGUCGCGGCCCGCAUAUAGUACACGGAUUUUGCCACACUCCUCCUGUAUACCUACCUGAUAUAUAUACUCUCCUUCGAGAAGACAACUGCUUUCUCUUUUUCUUCUCUCUCUAUCUCUCUUUUGGCUCAGUGCUGUUCUCUGUUAUAAACGCAUCUCGGAACAUACACGCGCGUUAUAUAGCCGCACGCGCGAAUCGUGCGCAGCAGAUACUCUCGAGGAGCAGAGCAUCGCGCCGAGUAAAUAGUGGUGUUUUGUUUUCUUGUUUUGGUGCUGUGAUUGUUAUUGUUGUUAUUGUUGCGCUGAUUGCGAGAAGAGGCAAAGAAUUUUGCGCGAUCGAGUGGUGUUUUGUUGGUUGCGCAUACGCAGCAUCAUCGGUGAUCGGAUCAGGAUAUGUUCGACGACAGAGAGCAACAACAACAGCAGCAGCAGUAGCAGGAGCUUGUCGUGUGCCUGUAAACGUCAAAAGCCUUCGUCUCGUCGCUGCUGCUUUUACUGCCGUUUUUACUGCAGAAAAAGAGAGCUGUCGAUAUGACUCUGUGAACUCGAACGAAUCAAAGGAAAACGCAAACACACGAACGGAAAAUCAGGAUGUCGACGACGCAGUGCAAGCACUUUGUGCAGAAUGCUUGGAAGAAAGAGCUCUGCUCGAACUGCUUCAAGUCGCGGGAGGAGCACGCGGCCAAGCAGGAGACCAUCAGGCCUCUGAUGUCUCGAACCACCAACAACGUUAAACGCGUCGCCCACAAAGUCCAGGGCAUUCUGAGGCUCAAGUCGAGCAGCAGCAGCAGCCCCGAUGCGAAGAAGCGCAAGAACGUCGCGUUCCCGGAGUCGCUCACGGAGAUCAUCGGCUACGACGGCGGCGACGAUUUCGACCUCGUCGACGACGGCGACAGCAACGACCACAGCGCCUACGGCGACGAUCCGGACAGCAGCAUCGACCCCGACGAGCUGCCCGACAGCGAGGAGGAGCGAGCCCUGGGCAACUUGACCCGAGCCAAUACCAACUUCAACACGGUCACGGCCAAUCUCAGCGCCUCGAUCGAACAGGCCAAGGCUCAGACGAAGGCGUUCACGACGCUGAUGCUGGGCCGCGCGCAGAAGGACAACGAGGGCAAGAAGACGACGCUCUUGGUCAGCGUCAAGCCUUUCGGCGGCGACGACAGCAUGCCCACGGCCAAAAGACCGGCUGACAAAAAAACAUCGCCCGAUUUGAACAAACCUAAAGUAUCGACGACGACUACACCACCAGCGGUGACGACGACUGCUUCGACGACCAUCAAAUCCGUGCAACAAACGAAAAGCAUCGAAACGUUCAAAUCCGAAAUCAAACCGAUCAAAAAGUCCCCGGCCGAGAGCAGCAACAAGUCCUCGGUGAGCGAGACCAAGCCAUCGCCGCUGUUGAAGGCAACCCUGACGACACCGAGUCUCGGGAAAAUCGUCGAUAUGCCUCUGAUCACGUCCACGGUACUGCCGACCAACAUUCUCGAUUCCCAGAAGAAGCAGCAGCUAGAGCAGAAACGAACCACCAACAUAGCGCGGACGCCGGCCAUCAAGAAAACCGACAACGAGAAGCCGAGACUCGUCGCGACGAGCGCCGAUCAGAACACCGCCAAGAACCAGAAGAACCUGGAAAUUACGAAUGGCAACGGAGUCGAGCUGAAGCUCAAUUCGAUCGCGUCGACGACGACGACGACAUCGGUCACGAAAGAGAUUUACAAAAGUACGUUCAGGCAGAUCGAUUUGACCGAGCGCAAAGUCGAGGGCGAGGCGGCGACGGACGCCAACAAAUUACCCGAGAAGCAGCAGCAGAGUCGGGAAUCUGCCGGAGAACCGGACGGUAAAGCUGACGAGGAGAUCGUUGCCGAUCCACCUGCUUUACCGAAGAGCCCGCCACCACCGAUGGACGCCUCGUACAAGCGUCUGUCGUCGGAGCCGAGAGCGUCUUUUUUGCACGGCAUGACGACAACGACGGUGGAAAGUGUGAAAACGUCGAAACCAAUGGUGCCACAGAAACCCUCUUUAUUGCCGAGCGUAAAACCCGUGGGUUCGAGUUUGGCCUCGUUGCUGAUCGAGAGUCGUGCCUACGAAUUCAGAUUGAGCCAAAAAGCUCAGAGCGAGAGUCAGCUCUGCGGCGGUGAGUCGAUGGCAAACACCAGAACGUCCGCGGUUGAAAAAUUCAGCGAGAGGAGUCAUCAGCAGCAGGUCGACGAGGAGGCCGAAGUCGAGGACGACGACAGCGAAGCCUCGUCCUCGAGCGAUCAGCCGAGCCGUCUGGUCUCGAAGCGACGACAGGCACCCCAGCCACCGACGACCACCUCGCCGACUCACGCGGCGGCCGGUGUUCAGGAAGCGACCGAGGCGACCGCGCCCAGUCUGUUCGCUCGCAAUCCCGUCGCGUCCAAGUCGGACAGCUGUCCGGUGGUGCGCGAGAAGGAGAAGCGCGAGCGAGCCUCGAGCUGCAGUCCCAAGUUCCGCAAAGCAGUCAACGACUCGCCGGAUCCCACGAGCUGCAGGCCGCCCGAACCAGUUCCGCGAAGAGUCAUUUCGCUGUCGCAGGAUAGUUUGGCGCCCGCCACGGUCUGCAGUGGCAGUGAGAGGAUCGCCGAGGAGAAGAAAAAGACUCGCUCGAAAUUCUCGCUAAAGAAAUUUCUCAGAAUGGGCUCGAAAAAGGACGUCGACAUGACGGUUGCUGGCUCGAGCGGCCUGCGUAGCGACGAGAUUCCUUGCACGCCGCAGCCUAAGCCGAGAUUGGAAAUAAUUCACCCGUUAGAACUGGACGGGGCGGCAGUACAAGUUGUCUUGCGCGGCGAUAAAAGCAUCAAAGAUAAGAGCGUCGAGCCAGUGAAAUCGGCGACGGAUUCUGCCCUGAACAACGGCUAUUCACAGGCAAAUCCGUCGAGCCCACAUCAAGUCACCGCUCGUCCGAGCAAGCCACCACCGCCGCCGCGAGCUCAGUCGCUCGAUGAAUCGUCGCGAUCGCCGACAACGCCCAAACAGCAACCAAUACAACAGCAACAGGUCCAACAAAGUACGAAAUCUUUGGUUGGCAAAAGCUGGCAGCCAAAUGCCGCCGCUUCUUCCAGUUCAUCGGCAUCCGAUUCGAUUUAUGCGAAUCUCGACGAGCCCAGCAAGGCACCAACAACAACAACAAGAGCUGCAACGACGGAGCCUGGUGGUGUUGCAGGUUUGUCGAGAAGCGCCCUGGCCCCGGCUAAACCCCGCAGAACGUCCAGUCUGAGGGAUCAGGCCUCGAUCAAGAGCAACGACUCGCUGGACAGCGCCAAGGACGCAGCCAGCCGAACCUUCAAGCCAAGCCAAUCGGUCGACGGGGAUGGAACUGCGUCGGUUACCGAUUCUCAGAUUCUGACGAGUGGUUCCGAAUGCGACGACACCAGUCUCGAGCUACGUCAGGCCGCGAAUCAUCCCGUAACGAAACGCCAGUCGGACAGCGGCGUGCUCGACUCCAAUAACAAGGAGCUGAAGUUUCAACAGAGCCUGUUCAAUAGAUCGACGUCGCUGCCCUACUGCGCCGGUAACGAGACGGACUAUUAUCAUCGGAACGGCGAGAGCGACGACUUGGCGGACCCGUUGAUGGGAAGGCUGCGACAGCGACGCAGCCGUAGCAUCGUUCAUCACAGCUUGGAGGACAAUUACGGGGCCGUGAUCGUGGCCAAUCACGAGGCUCUGGCGCAGAUUUUGGAGCAGACCAACAAAACGCCCUCGCUGCCGUUAAGUUUGCGUGGACUCAAAACGGCCAAUUUGCGUUUUCAAGAUUUCAAGUACAAUCUGACCUCCGCCAUCGCGACGGGUCGUCGAGUCUUCGUACCCUCGGCGUCGUGGAGCGAGCAGCAGAUCAGUUUCUGUGUGACCUUCGAGUCUGUACUGCCGCUCGCUUCGAGGAAGGAAUUUUACCUGACGCCCGUCGUCGAGUUCGUCGAUACGGUUGGCAAGGAUAUAAUUGAGCUGGCCAAGGUAUCCGGUAGAAAAAUCUCUCAGGCCACGAUAUCGGUAUUACCGCGUCUUCAAGUGCACACACUGAAAACUUUCGCGGACUCGUUGCAAGUCGAUUCGGACGAGGCGGCAACGAGAGAACUGGCAUUUGUACUGCUACAAUUGGUCAGCGCUUUCAAGAGUUUGCAAGCUCAAGGUAUCGAGGAAGCGCCAAAGAGCCUGGACAAUGUUGUGCUGUGUCGUGAGGAAAAGGACAUACAUUACAGGCUUUAUCUAUUCCAAGGAUUGAACAUUGAAAAUAAUGAAAACGACGGCUGCACGUCGCUUUGUCGGUGCGCCUUAGCUGCUCUCGAUGUUUUGAAUCUAACGCGUAAACUGCCUCUUGUCCAGGAACUACUGACACGUGAGAGAGCUGUUACCCUUUCACAGGUCAAAUCGAUCUUGGAGUUUUCGCUGUGGGGUCCAGCCGACGCAACUCUUGGUGGACCGCGAGAGCGCGAAACAGCCCUGCAAAGAUGGUUGGACCUGGAACGGGCAACCGUGCUUCAGGCCCUGGUUAUGCGAGCUCGAAGCCAGCUGAGCCUUCUGGACGAGUAUCAGCUGCUGUUUCUGGUGAGGACCAGUGCCAAAAUCAUGUGCGAGGCUUCCUUGCUGCUCGAUCGUCAGAAGAGCGGAUUGUUUCGCGGCAAAGAUUUCAACGUGGAAAGUCAAUGAUGUUCGAUUUGCGAAUGCUAUGAGAUUAUUUUUGUAAAAUUUAAACUGCAAGAAAGAUUAUUUAUAUAUUUUUAUAAAAAAGUUAUAUAUAUAUUUUAUAUAUAUUAAUAGACAUGAGCGUGAUGAGAUUGUAAAAAGUUACGAUAAUCUAAGUCUACAAUUAAUGUUGAUAAACCAUGACUUUUAAAGUGGAAUCUGCCAUGAGAUAUGAUCAAAAUUACAUAGUUUUUUCUAGCGACCAUUCUAUUAAAAAUCUAAACAAUUUUUUUUUAUUUACAAUAAAUAACAAUCAUCUGUUUUUUACAUUUGUUAAAUGUACCUAUACACGAUUGUACAUGACUUGUCAACAAAUACGUAAAAUAUGUUCGAAAUAAAUUUAGUCAUAAAUAUUAAGGAAAGUAAAUUCUUUUAAACAUAAGAUGUCGGUGAAAAAAGUUAAAAAAUUUAUUUUAUAUAUUAAAAACAAUAAAGUUUAAAUCUUGCCAUAAAGAA